AUGGCAGCUGCCGAGGAGGUGACAGCAGCUCUUCGCGCGGACCCGUUCGAGCGCAGUUUCGCCACGAGAUGGUUGACCUCGCUUAUCUCGCGUGUGGAGGAGAUGGGCUUUGAUGAGGAUGUUACAACGAACAUGAUCGACGAUGCAGCAUUCAUUCUGGCCUCAUUCUCCGACUGUACCAAGGAUGAGGAGGAAGAGGCUCUGACACGCGAUUUCUCAUUUCCAACGAAGCUUGGUGAGAAUGUCCAAGUCACGCUCAACGACGCGCCACUUUCUGGAAUUGAUCAUACUGAUGUUGGACUUCAGUCUUGGGGCGCAAGUAUUGUGCUGAGUAGCAUGAUGUGCGCGGAUCCAAAACGCUUCGGACUUUCAAAAGAGGCGCUCAAGGGCAGCCCGACCAUCAUAGAGCUCGGUGCUGGCACGGGGCUCGUUAGCUUGACGCUCGCCAAACUGCUUCCAGAACUCGGUGUGGAAGACGCCAGCAUCGCAGCAACGGAUUACCACCCAGCAGUUCUGGAGAACUGCAAGCUGAACAUCGAGUCGAAUUUCUCUUCAACCGACCGGCUACCCAUCACCACCGACCUCUUGGAUUGGUCACAGCCGCCGUCCGAGCUGGUAUCCUCGGCAGAUCUUCUCAUUGCAUCCGAUGUCAUCUACGCACCAGAGCACGCAUCCUGGCUCCGAGACUGCGCCGCACACCUCAUCAAACCAGACGGCACGUUCUGGCUCAUGGUCACGGUACGAAAGACGGGCAAAUUCGAAGGCAUACCCGACACAGUCGAAGCUGCUUUCGUACCGGAGCUCUGUCCCAAAGAUGGGGAUGGACGGACCUUUCAAAUCAUCCAGAAAGAGACUGCGGAGAAGAGGAGGGGCAUCGGAAGGGGCGAUGAGACGGGAUAUAAUCUCUAUAGAAUUGGCUGGGCUUAG